UAAUUUAAACUUUUAAUAUUUUAAUAGUUUUAUUAUUCCUGUAAAAAGCUUCGUCGAAAAUCGAAACCCUCUUCGUCACGCGUCCUCGUCAAGCUGGGUUCUUUACGUGAAGCGAAGAGAAGGCGCCGCGAUCCCAUGGAGGCGGAGGAAGCAAAGCCAUUCGUUCACAUCAUUAGCCUUAAACCUUCGUGUAAGAUUUGGAAACUUGACGAUUUUGGGUUAUGGAGGGAAAGUGGUGGAAAUCCAGUUUAUGGAAAAAGCCCAGUUCGGGAUAGGUUGUUAGCCAUCUCAGAGGAACUUGGUCAUGAGAUACGUGUAUUUAUGAACUCACCAAACUCUGCAGCACCCAAUGAAACACCUCCUCAUGAUGAGGAACCAGAUGACUUUUAUGAUUUUACUCCUGAGGACUAUUUCCGACUUAUGGGUGACAGAAUUGGAGCACAAUCUCAAGUACUUAAGACUCGUAAAAUACGGGAAGCAGAAGCUGCAGCUCGCAGAGCAAGAAUUACUAAGGCUGUGAUAAGAGUUCGUUUUCCUGAUAAUUACGUCUUUGAGGCCAAGUUUCAACCAUCAGACAAGAUUCAAAGUUUGAUUGAUCUUCUAACGAAAGCAAUUGCUCGACCAAACGUGCCUUUCUAUUUAUAUACCACUCCUCCAAAGGAGCGAAUAAAAGAUACAUCGAAAGAUUUCUACUCAGCAGGGUUUGCUCCUGGAGCAAUUGUCUACUUUUCUUAUGAUCUGCCGAAAGAUUCAGAGUUAAAUAGCGAAGCUCUGACAGGGCCUUAUCUUCGUGAAGACAUCCGAUCUUUAAAUGGACUUGAGCUUCCCUCCAAACAAGAACAAGCCGAUCCUGCCAAUUCUCAGCCAGAAGCUCCUGUAAUCGAGGCUCCUCCUCCUGCUUCUGAUCCCAAUCCAGCACCGAAGAAGCCAACGAAACCGAAGUGGCUUAAAUUAUAAACACCCUGAGGUUGAUGGAAGUUUGGAACCUUGAAGGCGCCCCAUGAUCAAAACCUCCUCUAACAUCCUUGCAAUGGAUGUUUCCAUAUCGUAAACAGGCCAAAGAGCAACAACUUUUCUCAGGGUUUUGUUCCGCAUGAGAUUGUUAUCGCUUUGCCGUGCACCGAAGAAUUAUGUAAUGCUUAUCCUGUAACAUAUGGUAACUAGGAAAUAGUGCACAGUUAUGGUGUUUUGCUUCACUUCUGGUUUCUUCUUCUACUUCCGUCGCACCGCCUCACCUUCUGCUAUUAUUCUUUCCCUAGUUGCUACCAAUGGUUUCAUUUGUUAGGGUCUGUUUGAUCAGCUGAAGUUUCUACAUAGUUUUCUUUCACAAGGAAUUUGUAUGAAGAAGAUAUUUCUUUUUUUUUUCCCUUAAAAAAUCUCUUUUGACGAGGA